AUGGCACCAGGGAGCUACAAAUUCCCAUUCAGUAUCCCGUUACCAGCAGAUAUAUCCGACUCAGCAUUAGGCCCGAACAAGUACCACUCGUACCAAGUCGACGCUAUCAUCAAGCGCCCCUAUUUAAAGGAUGUGGUAGUGUCACGGCCUCUUCAGAUCUACAAGUUCAUCUCUGAGCUGGAGAUCCCAGACACGACUCCAUAUGUCUCACAAACAGAAGAAGACUGCCCGGCCCACGGCAUCCAGCACCGAAUCUCAAUCCCGAGCCCCAACAUCCCCUUCGGCUGCGUCUUCCCAGUGGACAUCUCUCUCUGGACCCCCGAGAAAGACAUAACCCUGGACACUAUCACGAUCCAGGUCAUCGAGAAACAUAACCUGCACGUCGACGCAACAGCAGCCCAGUCCGCACGCUAUAACAUUUACAGCAUCCGAUCCGCACGAAGCCAUACGCUCGUCUCGAAGACGUUCGAAUUCACGGAGUCGGAUCCGAAUAAGGAAUGGCACCUCACUAAAAUGACUCGUUUGCCUCAGGCGCUGGAUCAGUGUUCGCAGACCUUAAGCACGAAGACCCUUAAGAUUGAACAUUUUCUCGUCAUUACUGCAAAGUUUCGGGAUGACGGGACGACUAUAGAGAUUACGGAAACAAUUCCGUUCCAUAUCUACAUGACGCCCAGUGUGAUCGGAUCCGAUGCUCUUGUUCGUGGGAAGGUGCUUCAGGAUCAUAGUACACCGCCUCCGUCGUACGGGGAUCACACUUUGUGUCCCAGGCUUUGCGAGCUGGAUUUCGAGUCUGUCUUGGGGAACCAGACUCAUGUCCUGCGUGCGUUGGAGAGUGGGCUUUGUCGGGAGGGGUUUGUGGAUGUCGAGCCUCCUGUUUAUGCUUCUUUGGGGGUUGUAUCUUGA